AUCCAAAAAACCCUUCGAAUCCUCUCUCAACCCAAUUUUCCAUCCAACGGUCGAAAUCAACCACCACCCUAAAGUCCCAACAAUGAGCAGCAGCAGCAGCAGCUUCACCAGCUUCUACGAGACGUGGUUCGAGCAGCUCCACCACCUUGUCCACCAGCUCUCUACGUGUCCUAGACCCCCCACCACCCCCGACCACCAUCACCACCUCCUCCACGUCGUCCAGAAAGUCAUGUCCCACUACGCUGAGUACUACCGCGUCAAGGCCCUCGCCGCCGAGCGCGACGCCCUCGCCGUCUUCGUCUCCCCGUGGGCCACCACCCUCGAGCGCUCCCUCCACUGGAUCGCAGGCUGGCGCCCCACCACCGCCUUCCACCUCGUCUACUCCGAGUCCUCCAUCCACUUCGAGGCCCACAUCGUCGACAUCCUCCGCGGUUUUCGCACCGGAGACCUUGGGGACCUCUCCCCUUCCCAGUUUCGCCUCGUCAGCGAACUCCAAUGUGAAACUGUGAAAGAGGAGAAUGCGAUAUCGGAGGAGUUGUCGGAGUGGCAAGAGGGGGCGAGUGAGCUGAUGGGGGCAUGCACGAAUCUGGAUAUGAAGAUGGGUCGGCUGGUGAGCGUGUUGAAGAAGGCUGAUGAUCUGAGGCUGAGAACGGUGAGGAAGGUGGUGGAGUUGUUGACACCACAGCAGGCUGUGGAGUUUUUGAUUGCUGCUGCUGAGUUGCAGUUUGGGGUCCGUGGCUGGGGAAUGAAUCAGGACCGUCAACGUGGGAAUGUCUGAUUUUUCUGAUCAUCGCGAUUAUGAUCGGACGGUGGUUAUUGUUCGUUGGCGGAUGUCAAUUGGGUAUGCGUUUGUACUUUGUUUGCAGCCUGCAUUAUGCAGGUUGUUUUAAAUGUUACUUUUUGUUUAACAAUAUGGAUAUUGUUGUGUU